AUAUAUCAGAUUUCUUUGCAAAACUUAGAUUAUAUUUGCAAAACCAAGAAGUAGAUCUAGUAGAUAAUGCAGAAAGUUCAUCAACAAAAAGAGAAAUAGCUAUAAAAUAUUUAAAAGAAUCAGAUAGUUAUUCUACUAACAUUGCUAUUAAUACACCAAAUGUUAAUAAUAGUACUACAAAAACAGUUGCUCAAAAAGCACAGGCACCAGCUACACAAACUGUCAAACUGGUUAGACAGCCAAGAGGUUCUCCAUCAUCAUUGCAAUCAGAAAAAGAUUUCUAG